AUGGACUCUACAAAUACGAAUCAGGUUACGGUGCAGGGGGGGUCGGAUCCCCCAGUACGGGCUGUGGGAGAGUACGCGGGCUCUUCGCGGCAUCAAAGCUACCGUGAAACUUCUUCGCUCACCCAGGGCGAGGAGUGGAAUUUUGCUACUGGGCAGAGGGCAGAUGGCCUUAGAGAUGGGGUCUCUAACAGCCCAAUAGUUGAUCCUUUUGCACGACGACCCUCGAUUCCUAGAUCUCCUACGAGAUCGGUGGGGGGCACAAGGUCGGGCUCGAGAGACGAAGGGGAGAUUAAGAGGAAGAGAGAUUUAAAUGAAAGCUUUGUUGAUGACAGGAGAGAUAAAAAAAGAAAGGACGGUUCUGAAGCGGCGCAAGCAUUGGCAAUGUUAAAAGCCCUAUCAGAACUCGUAAAUAAAUUACCAAACUAUAUCGAACAAAAUACGAAAAAAGAAAUAAAAGAUCUAAACUCUAAAAUCACGAGACAAUUAAAAAUAUUGAGUCGAAGCAGCAUUAUGACAUGGCUUGAAGAGCAAAAUGCUACGGCUAACAAGGAAUGGGAAAGCGAUCUGGGAAAACCAGUCUCUGGAGAAAUGGGGCAAACUGAAUUGAUGCUCGAUGGACCUAACACGGAUAAGGUAAUAACAAAGGAUAAGAAACAAAUGGUGGACUGCAGCACGCAGACGGUUGAUGAGGGUAAUUUUCAUAGCUUGAGCUCGGGACUCACCUAUAAACAAUUGGAGGAAAUUAAAAAUAGAGUAUGGGAUUCUUCGGUUUUUACUAAUACGGAGAUCAAAGAGGGAAAUCCUUUGAACACAAAGGAUACUUGUCCGAAAAUUUUACUUUUAGGACCGGAUGAAACUGGAUUAGAUAAGGGAUUACAUAAAGCGUUUGUACAAUACUUUCCUGAUCUGCAGGACAUAGUUGAAGACGUUGGUGUGUUAGAGUCGACUUGCGUGGUUAAAUCGUCAGGAGUCAGAAAGAAAAGAAAAAUAUUAAAAGUUAGAUUGACAGGUACACAGGAGGACUUAUUUGAAAAGAUGAGAGCCAUCAAAAAGGAAACGACAGGAGAUGAAUUUAUUGCAAUGCACGAGACAAACUUCUGUAAAGUGGAAGAACUGAGGAAAAUAAUAGAGACCGUAUUCCACGGAUCUAACUCGAUAGUAGUUUUAUAUGUUAAAAACACGAAAACCCUGGGGGAACCCAACAAAAGAGAGAAGAAAAGUUUUGCCUUCAUAGUACAGAAAGAAAACCAGGAUUAUAAAGAAAUCCUAAAGGAAGUCAAAGAUACUCUAAUAAAAAAAAAUGCAGAAAACGAUAUUGAAAGCUUCAGAAGCACAAAAGACGGUGCCUUAUUAAUAACGACCAAGAAAGAUCCUACAAUCGCAGAGAAAAUAUGCGGAGCAUUGAACGGGCUGAAUAAGCUAGGAAAUAGUACAAAGUUUAAGCAACUAGGAAUAGAAACUAACAAGGAAUCUUUCUUCAUUAGAGGAAUAGAUGCAGACACGGACAAGAAUCAGAUCAUGAGAGACCUGGAAAAAGUAUUCGUCGGACUAACACAAGAAAACACUUCUCUUGGUGAACUCAGACCAUUGUCGAACGAUACACAGACGAUCACAUUAACGUGCUCAGACGAAAAAAUAAUUAAAGAGUUAUCCGCAAGGACAAGGAUAAAAAUCGGCUGGGUGUACUGUCGCUUGGAACCGAGAC